AUGGUGGCAGAAGAAGACAUCCACAAGACAGCCUUCAUGUGUCCAGGACAUAUAGGUGCUUUUGAGUACACUGUAAUGCCUUUUGGUUUGAGAAAUGCAGGAGCCACUUAUCAAAGGGCAAUGAAUUUUGGCUUCCAUGAUAUGAUAGGGCAUUCUUUGGAAGUUUAUAUCGAUGAUAUAGUGAUUAAAUCCCCAGAGGAGGGAAACCACAUGUCAAAUCUAAGUAGGGCAUUCCUAAUAAUGAGGCAACAUAAACUGAAGAUGAACCCAAAGAAGUGGAUUUUUGGAGUUCAAGCAGGAAAUUUCCUAGGAUUCUUGGUCCACCAGAGAGGCAUAGAAAUCGACAGAAACAAAGCAAAGUCCAUCAUAUAA